GGGGAGAGGACGGUGAAGAGGCUGCGUAUGUCGAGAGCUGUGACAGUGCCUGAAACUACAAGUAUCAAAGAAAUCUGUCAGAGGAUGGCUUCAAGAAGAGUUGAUGCAUUGUUGCUCACUGAUUCCAAUGCAUUGCUCUGCGGAAUCCUCACAGAUACGGAUAUAGCUAAAAAGGUCAUCGCUCGAGACCUCAACUUGGAAGAAACACCGGCUUCCAAGGUUAUGACCAAGAACCCCGUCUUUGUCCUCUCCGACACUCUUGCUGUCGAAGCCCUCCAAAAGAUGGUUCAAGGAAAGUUUAGGCACUUACCUGUUGUGGAAAAUGGCGAGGUGAUUGCGCUGCUCGACAUUACAAAAUGCUUGUACGAUGCCAUUGCCCGCUUGGAGCGUGCAGCUGAGAAGGGGAAGGCCAUUGCAGCAGCUGUUGAAGGUGUCGGGAAGCAAUGGGGACCCUCAGCCUCUGCUCCCAACACGUUCGUUGACACACUUCGAGAGCGCUUUAAACCCUCCUUGUCUACCAUAAUUUCUGAGAAUAGAAAGAUUGCUACAGUCGACUCAACUGACACGGUGGUAGCUGCUGCAAAAAGGAUGCAGGAGCAACGAGCAGGCUGCGUUGUCGUAUCAGUCGAUAACAAACCUCAAGGAAUACUAACUUCAAGAGAUAUAGUGAGGAGAGUCGUCGCGCUCAAUCUUCCGGUAGAAACCACUCUAGUUGAGCAGGUGAUGACUGCAAAUCCAGAAUGUUCAUCAAUUGAUUCUACUAUAGUUGAGGCUCUUCAUAGCAUGCAUGAUGGGAAGUAUAUGCACCUAAUAGUAGUUGAUAAAGAUGGACUGCUUGUAACUGUGAUUGAUGUGCUCAAUAUAACUCAUGCGGCCGUGACUCAGGUUGGUAGUGCUGGAUUUAACAAUGAAGGUGCAAGCAGCAUGAUUCAGAGCUUCUGGGACUCUGCGAUGGCGUUAGGCCCUGAGGACGAUGAUGAGAUCCGGAGUGUGGCUUCGACGAUGAGGCUGCAAUCUGAGGGAGGUGAGACUGCUCUCUUCUUUCAGCAAAAUUCUUCAGCGGCCAACGUUUUCGCUUUCAAGAUCCAAGACAAGAAAGGAAGGAUGCAUAGGUUCAUUUCCGAUGAUUCCCACAUGUCGGAACUCAUGACGGCUAUCCUUCAGAGAGUUGGAGCUGAGAUUAAUCGCAACAACCUUCCACAGAUUCUGUACGAGGAUGAAGACAAGGACAAAAUCGUCCUUGCAUCCGACAGCGACCUCAUUGCAGCCGUGCACCAUGCAAGGCUACUCGGCUGGAAGGGAUUGAGGCUAUAUUUAGACUACUCGGGAACACUGCAGAGGGCGUCCAAGUCAAGAAGCAUGCAGUAUACUCAACACGAUGCAUCGUCUCAAUCAUACACCGGCAGCCUUGCAGCCGGGGCAGUGCUAGUCACCGUUUUAGGCGUCUAUGCGGUGUUGAAGCGAAAUCGGAACUGAUAAAAUUGAUUUGUUUUUGUAUGAAGAUAUCUACUUGCUGGAAGCAUAGAUUUAUAUCUAUAUGUGAUCAAUUGAUACAUAAUUUAAACCGAGCUUAUAUAUGCAGCCUCAUUGUAAUUGAAAA